AUGGUGACCCUCGAAGAAGCCACCGCGUUUCUCCAAAAGCCGGCCGACGCAGCCGCAGCCUCCACGACCCUCGUCCGCGCCCCUUCGCAUUACAAACCCCUCAACACCUUCGCUCUGCCCAAGGAGCGCUCGUACCAGCAGCAGUAUGCCGACGUGUACUUCCUGCGCCUCACUUCCAUUCAGCCCGCCGUCAACGCCGUCGCCGCCGAGGCCUGGGACGGCACCGUCAUCGGCGGCGAGGAGGCCAAGCACGUGAACCGCGUUCUCGAUGUCCGCCAGGGCGAGCUCUGCUGGGUGACGGGCACCGUCUACAUGGACAUGGCGCUGAAGCCCAACAUCCUCGAGGACGUGACCAAGGACCGCUGGAUCUCGGCCCCCGUCUCCACGGACCGCUACUACUCGGACGACGACAAGGACACCAUCAUGCUCGAGGACGACUCUGGUCGCAUCCGCCUCGUCGGCGACGUCCUCAAGUCCAUCCACCUCGUCACCGGCACAAUCAUCGGCGUCAUGGGCACCGAGAACGCAAACGGCGAGCUCGAGGUCAUCGACGUGAAGUUCCCGGACCUUGCCCCGCAACCCUCCCGCUGGACCCUCACCGACAGCCCCUCCCAAGACCACGACAUGUCCGGCACCUCCAACCCAUCCCAACGGCCUUCGUCCAAGAUCGCCAUCGUCUCGGGCCUCUCCUUCUCCGGCUCCGACGCCUCCUACGCCCUCGAGCUCUCCCUCCUCCUCGAGUUCCUCCUCGGCGAGGCCCUCACUCCGGCCGCCCAGUCCUCCGAGCUCGCCCACAUCUCCCGCCUCAUCAUCGCAGGGAACUCCAUCAGCUCCUCCACGUCCACCGCGAACCCGGCUUCCGGGACGGCGGCCAACAAGAAGUACGGCUACGACGCCAGCGCCUACAACCCCCUCCCCAGCCAGCUCUUCGACGAAUUCCUCGCCGACCUCCUCCCCUCCAUCCCUGUCACCCUCAUGCCCGGCGCCGAGGACCCCGCCAACGCGAGCUACCCGCAGCAGCCCAUCCACGCGGCCAUGUUCCCGCGCUCGCGGCCCUACUGCGCGGCCCCCGGCGCCAAGGAGCCCGGCUGGUUCGACACCGUGACGAACCCCUGGGAGGGCGAGAUCGACGGGUGGCGGGUCCUCGGCACCGGCGGCCAGAACGUCGACGACGUCUUCAAGUACGUCGACAGCGACGACCGCCUUGGCAUGAUGGAGGCCAUGUGUAGGUGGCGCUGCAGCGCUCCCACUGCGCCGGACACACUCUGGGCCUACCCUUUCCAAGACAAUGACCCCUUUGUCAUGAAGGACGCCCCCCACCUCUACUUCGUCGGUUGCCAGCCCGACUUCUCGACAACGGUCAUCCAGGGCGGCGACGGCCAGCAGGUCCGGCUCGUCACCGUGCCGUCCUUCGCGGAGACCAAGGAGCUGGUCCUGGUUGACACGGAAACGCUGGAGGUCUCCAGGGUCAAGAUCGUCGCGGCAGCUGCGACAGCAUCAUGA